GAUUUACAAAAGUUUAAAACAAAUGGCAGUGUUUUUUUAGCCACCUCUGUCUAAAAUUAGAUUCCUUGAUCUGUUUUGAUUAACCUAGAAUCUAUUUAAAAUAGAAUGGAAAAAUCUAAAUUGGGUCCCACGAAAUCAAAAAGUGGUGGAGAUACAAAAGAAUCAGAUAAAAAGUCGACAAGGUCAUUUUUUUCCCAAUUACGUCACCUUGCUGUGGAAGUUGAUAGCGGUGUCGAGUUUUUACAACAGGCACUUCAGAGUUCAUCUCAUAAAAAUAAAAAUGAACCGUCGUCUGAGGAGCACGCAGAAGCUGUUACGUUUCUUCUGCACACAAAAAAAGACAUGGGUGUUAUGAUGCAGGCCAUCAAAACCAAAAAUGAAGAAUUAAAUCAAGAAAGAAUGAAGUUAGUGAAAAUUGGGGAGCUGAUGAAAAAUGUCCUGGACGCCCAGAAAUCUCGAUUUGAAGAAAUUGAAUCUUUUCUUGAAGACUACGGCUACACAAAACCAACAGAUGACCCUUGUGAACAAUGUGAAGUGAGUCCUGAUAAUGGUGCUAGUGAAGAUGAUGCUGGUAAUUCUGCUGAGAAAUUGCCUUCAACUCCGCUGCCCUCUGAGCAAAGACAGUCAGCUGAGCAAAGCAAACUAAAGACUCCAAAACUUGAGGAUUAUUACAGUAGUUUAUCAGAGAGCACAAUCUUCAUCAUUAAACAUGGUGUCCCCUUUAAUCAGGAAAGAGACAUUACAGUCGCAGACUUUUCUCAAACUAAACACAAUUUUGAGGAAACCAGAAGAGAAGAACCAAAAGAAAUCUUCACCCCAUACAAUGUAAGACCAACUCCUGCAAUGCCUGAAACACCUAAACUGUUGGCAACGCCUGGGUUUAAACUGAAGCCCUUAAGGGAAAAUACUGCAGAACAAGAUAUUAACUCUGCCAGAGUGUUGUGUAAACCACAGACACCUGAACCUCCAACCCAGGAUUUUACCAGCUACUUCUCCUACCAAACUAAGAUGAAAGAAAACUUCAUGCCCACUCCCCCAUUAAAUUUAGGCAUGACUAGGCCUAAACUCUCUCCACCCAAGCCGCCCAUGUCCAGUAAGAAAAUAUCUGACCAUGUUUUGCCUCCUGAAAACCCUAAGCUGGUUGCUGCUGAGAGUAAAAAUAAAUUGUUGUCCACCCCAGAAGCACCCAAACUUCUCGGUAGUUGGGACGGUACUUACAUGAGCUCUAGGUACGGCAAGUUGUGAUGUGAAUCAGUUGUUAACAUGUAGGUUUUAUGAUGAAUAUUAAAAAGUUAAUAAACUUGUAAAAGUUUAUUUUUUUAUUGUGCUUUUAGAAAAAUGUAUGUAAUUACACAUAAAAUAUAUGUUACAUAUAUAAAUAAAUAUAGAAGUAGAAAUCAUUUGUUUCCGCAAAUGACGAUAUAUGAAAGGAUUAUGAAGUCAGUGUUAUCCCCAGUCAUUUUUACUUUCCAUGGUCUGGUACACUUCACACCUUGUUGUGGUUAAAACACAGAUCUAAAUUUAAGAUUCUUGGGUUCGCAAGCAUGUACUCUUACACUGUUUGUUAAUGCCAUCCCAUGUAAUCAGUGUAUAGUUUGUAUGGUGCUAAUCAGUUUGUAAGCUUCAAGUUGUAACAAAAACUGUUCAACUUCAGAUGUAUUUACUGUUAUUGUUAAACAUAACUAGAUUCUACAACCAUUUAAUUUUUUACCUUCUGAGUCCCUCAUCAGAUUAAAAAAAAUGCAUUCACGAUUAAGAGAAAGAUACAUUUUAACUAAAAACUAGACAUGCAGGCGUCUUUUUGUUUAUUUCAGUAAGGUAUUAGUAUUGUAUUUUUUUAUGUACCAUGUAUUUGUAAAGUUAAUGAGAUUGUAGUGUAACCAAAUACUGAACAUUGUCAUUGUUGCUUUGAUUAAUGUUGUUGUGAUGUUGUGUAGCACCAGUAGAUAACUAUUUGUAUUAAAACAAUUUGCUUGUUACUAUCAGUGUGUAAAUCUUUGUCAUAAAAACUUUUAAUAAUAGCUUUUUGCUCAGUCAAUAAGCAUAUCUUGUAUCACAUUAUGCUGAUUUUAUUGUAUGUAAAGCAAAGCAUGCAAUUCUGACUAUUUGAAAAAUUAUUUAAUUCCCAUAAUAAUGAUAAU